ACAGCUCGCUAAUCCACUGCGUUUGCUUCGACAGCCCAGCGCAAAGAGGAGAUCUCGAACACAAAAGCGACUCUUCCAACGAAACCGUCUCGUUCAGAGGUGUCAACAUGAAGGCAGUAAGCCCAGUCAGGUCUUUCCGGAAAAGCAGCGCGAAUGUGACGGAGCACAGUCUGGGAAUCUCACGGAGCAAGACCCCCGUGGACGAUCCCCUAAGCCUGCUGUACAACAUGAACGACUGCUACUCCAAACUGAAGGAACUGGUGCCGAGUAUCCCGCAGAACAAAAACGUGAGCAAAAUGGAAAUCCUGCAACAUGUCAUCGACUAUAUCCUGGACCUUCAGAUCGCACUUGACUCAAAUUCCGCAAUCACCAGCCUGCAUCACCCGCGAGCGGGGCAGGGGACAUCCAGAACACCCCUGACAACACUCAACACAGACAUCAGCAUCCUCUCAUUACAGACACCUGAGUUUCAAUCAGACUUGAUCACAGAGGACAGCAGGACGCUUUACCGUUAAUCAGGUGUUUGGUUAAGACACAAGAACACACAGGACCUGGGAACUGGCUUUUCCUCUGAUUUCUCUUCUCAGUCUGGAGUUUUUUUUUUCUUCUUCUUCUUUCCUGUAAUUGAAUCGAGAGACUUUUUUGCUUCUAAAAGGACAAUCCAUGUGAUGUGUUAUAAGUUCGGACAUUGAUUAUUUAUCUUCUAAAAAGACCUAUUUGGUCCUUUCUUCAAGAAAAGGAAGAAGCACUAUAUUCCCUGAAAAUAGGAGGGAAACCUGUAAAUGAUCACAAGGAACCUUUUCUCUGCAUUGAGAA